AUGAAGGAGCAGCUGGAGAGCGAAGCGGAAGAGGAAGCUGACCUCAUGGAGAAGUACAACUGUUGGUGCAAGGAGAAUGGAAAGGAAAAGGAGAAGGCUAUCUUGGAGGCACGGGCCAGCAUCAAGGAAUGGGAGACGCGCAUCACCGAGCUCACCGCCAUCAGCUCAAGCCUGGCCACAGAGUACAAGAAUUUGCAGGAGGAGGUUGACAGGAACGAGGCGUCUUUGGACGAGUCGGUGGCCCUGCGAAAGAAGCAGGUGGCCAAGUUCCAGGAAGAUGAGCGGGAGAUGUUCAACAACUUGAACGCUGUACGCUCCGCCCAGGUUGCCCUGAACACCUCGUCCUUCCCAUCCUUCCUGCAGAGGCCCCCAGACGCUUCAGUGCGCCAGCUCCGAGCCGUGGCAGAGAGGCAAGGAGACUAUCUCAAGUCCGAGAGUCGUCAGCAGCUCAUGGCCUUUCUGCAGGAUCCGACAUCAGGCUCCGUGCGAGGGGUCAUUGAUGGACUUGAGACAGACUUCGACACCAGCCUCAAGGAGUUGCACGACGAGGAGCUUCAGAACAAGGCUGCCUACGAAAAGCUUGUGUCAGCCAAGCGAAAAGAAAUCGACUCUGCCAAAGUGCAGAUCGCAACGAAGAAGGAGGAGAAGACUGCUGCUGAUGAGGAGCGCCUUCAGAAGAAGCAGGCAGUCAAGGAUGCCAAAGGCUCUGUGGAGGAAGACCUCGCCUUCGCAAAGAAGGUGCAGGAGCAGUGCGACGCGAAGGGCAAAGAGUGGGAUGCACGGCAGAAACUCCGAUCUAACGAGAUGCAGGCGGUCUCGAAGACAAUUGAGAUCUUGGACUCGGAUGAGUCCUUCGACCUCUUCGGCAGGACCAUGACCCCGUCGUUCCUGCAGAUGACUUCCAAGAAGGGAGCUGCUAUGCCGGAGCAGAUCUACGACAAGCUCUUGGCACUGGGAAAGUCGCACGAUACCCGCUUGGUGACCCUUUCCCUCCAAGCGAAGGUGGAUGGAUUGGCAAAGGUGCGAAAACAGAUCGAUGCCAUGGUCGCCGCGCUCAAGGAGGAGCAGGCAGCCGAAGUGAAGAAGAAGGACUAUUGCAUCGAAGAGCUCCAAAAGAACAGGCUUGCUGCUGCCGACAAGACACGGGAAGGUGAAGAGUUCUCAGCAGCAGCGGAGGACUUGAAGCAGAAAGUCAAGGCUCUGGAUUUACAGACUGCAGAAGUCCAGGCCCAAGUGGCGGGGCUGAAGAAGCAGCAGAAACUGGCCGCGCAAAACAGGGAGAAAGAGAAUGCUGAGUUCCAGAAGACUGUGCAGGAACAGCGGCAAACACAGGUCCUGCUCAAGAAGGCCCUCGGUGUGCUAGCGGCUUUCUACAACACAAAGGGGGAGGGGUCCUUCCUCCAGAAGGCUCACCCAAAGGAGCCCGACACCUUUGGUGGCUACAAGAAGAGCUCGGCCAACAACGGUGUGAUGAUGAUGCUUCAGCAGCUGAUCGCAGACGCGCAGGAGAUGGAGGCGGAAUCCACCGCCGCUGAACGUGAGGCGCAGAAAGACUAUGAAGACUUCGGCAAGGAGACCAUUGCAUCCUUGGCCACGAAGGACAAGGAGCUUGAAGACCAGGCGGAGCAGAAGGCAAAGCUGACCGAAAGGAUGGUUCAAGCUCGCCAGUCCAAAAAAGGUGCUGAGGCCGAAGUCGCAAACCUGGCCGGACUCGAAGGAGACCUCCACGAGUCCUGCGAUUUCACGGUGCAAAACUUCGACGCGCGGCAGAAGGCCCGAAACGACGAGGUAGAAGCUCUCCUCGAAGCGAAGUCCAACCUCUCUGGUGCCAAGUGA